CCCACCCGCCCAACUAUGAUGAAGACGGAGCCCCACGCCUCCAGCCCCGCGGGCGGGGGUCCUUUGCGGAGCUCGUCCCCCCACCGCAGCGCCUACGAGGCCGGGGUCCAGGGCCUGAAGACCCCCAAGGAUGGACCCGGCGCGGACGAACCGGCGGCCAAGAACCCCAAUAAGAAAUACGGCUCCAACGUGCACCGCAUCAAGAACAUGUUUUUGCAGAUGGGGACGGCCGGGCCGGGAGGGGGCGAGGCGGGGGCGCCGGGCCCGGGGCCCGGGGAGCCCCCCAGGCCCCACGACCGGUCCUUGCGGCUGUCGCUGCCCCGGCCCAGCAGCCGGCACGACCCCGCCGCCCCGGGCGCCCUGCUCAAGCUGAGCACCAGCGUGUCGGAGCGGGUCAGCCGGUUCGACGCCAAGCCGGCUCAGCCGCCCUCCAAGCUGCAGGAGACCCGCAGGAUCUUCGAGGAGAGUUCGCAGGAGAAGGAGGCGGCCUCCCGGCUGCUGCUGAGGAAGGAGCGGGCCGGCCUGCAGGCCCGCCGGCUGGACGUGGUGGUGCGCUUCAACGGCAGCACCGAGGCCCUGGACAAGCUGGACCCCGAGGCCGUGUCGCCCACCGUCAGCCAGCUCAGCGCCGUCUUCGAGAAGGCCGACCUGAGGAACACCUUACACCGCGGGCCCGGGGUCUUCGGGCCCAAGCUCGCCGGCAAGCGGGCCCGGGGCUUCCCGCCGCCGCCCCCCGCCCUCGCCGGGCCCGGAGAGGCCGAGCGGGGCUCCGGGAAGGCGGGGGCCGGGCGGCCCGCAGAAGCCCCCGGGACCCCCGCCCAGGGUCGCGAGGUGCGGAAGAUCAAGCCCGUGGAGGUGGAGGAGAGCGGGGACUCGGAAGGGGAGGGGGCCCCGGGGGGCCCGGGGGAGGCCGUCCGGGCCGAGGUCACGGUCCACGCCGCUCUGGAGAACGGGGGCGGGCCCGGCGUCCAGCCCCCCGCCGCCCCCACCGCCGCCCCCGCCCCCGCCACCGCGCCGGCCGCCGGGGAUGACCAAGAGGAGGGGGCCGGGAAGGCCGAGGGACCGGCGCCGGAGGACUUCUCCGAGGCCGAGCUGGUGGACGUGAGCGCCUACAGCGGGGGGCUGGGGGAGGACUCGGGGGGCAGCGGGCUGGACGAGGAGGAGGAGGCCGAGGCCCCCUACGAGCCCGAGUCCAGCUGCCUGGAGAUCCCCGGCCUGUCCGAGGAGGAAGAGGAGGAGGAGCCGGGCCGCAACCGCCGCAUCCACUUCAGCACGGCGCCCAUCCAGGUGUUCAGCACUUAUUCCAACGAAGACUACGACCGUCGCAAUGAGGAUGUAGACCCCAUGGCUGCCUCGGCCGAGUACGAGCUGGAGAAACGAGUGGAACGCCUGGAGCUGUUCCCUGUGGAGUUAGAAAAAGACUCAGAGGGCCUGGGCAUCAGCAUCAUUGGCAUGGGCGCUGGAGCCGACAUGGGGCUGGAGAAACUGGGCAUCUUCGUCAAGACAGUGACCGACGGCGGCGCUGCCCACCGGGAUGGCAGGAUCCAGGUGAAUGACCUUAUCGUGGAGGUGGAUGGCACCAGCCUGGUUGGGGUGACGCAGAGUUUCGCCGCAUCUGUGCUGAGAAACACCAAGGGACAAGUGAGGUUCCUGAUUGGCCGGGAGAGGCCGGGCGAGCAGAGCGAGGUGGCGCAGCUCAUCCAACAGACCCUGGAGCAGGAGAGGUGGCAGAGGGAGAUGAUGGAGCAGAGAUACGCCCAAUACGCAGAGGACGACGAGGAGACGGGUGAAUAUGCCACCGAUGAGGAGGAUGAGAUGAGCCCUAUGUUCCCGAGCAGCGAGAUGGCCAUCGAGGUGUUUGAGCUGGCAGAGAACGAAGACAUGCUGUCCCCUGUCGAGAUGGACCCCGAGAAACUGGUGCACAAAUUCAAAGAGCUCCAGAUCAAGCAUGCUGUCACCGAGGCAGAGAUCCAGCAGUUGAAGAGAAAGCUCCAGACCAUCGAGCAGGAGAAGGCGCGUUGGAGGGCGGAGAAGACGCAGUUGGAACAGAGUGUGGAGGAGAACAAGGAGCGCAUGGAGAAGCUGGAGGGCUACUGGAUGGAGGCUCAGAGCCUGUGCCAGGCAGUGGACGAGCACCUCAAGGAGACCCAGGCCCAGUACCAGACCCUGGAACGCAAGUACAGCAAGGCCAAGCGACUCAUCAAAGAGUAUCAGCAGAAGGAAAUCGAGUUCCUGAAGAAGGAGACUGCCCAGAGGCGGGUGCUGGAGGAGGCGGAACUGGCCCACAAGGAGGAGACGGACAAGCUGAGAGAGAAGAUCUCGGAUUUGGAGAACAGUCUGCAAACACUGAGAAAUUCUAAUUCGACUUAAAACCCUGAAGAACCAAACCAACCUUAGCCCAACCUGUUGGACGAUUCCCCCUCCCUCACCCCACCAGCCAGCCCCCAACGCCCAAGGGGACAGGCUCCCCACCCCCUACCCCCACCCUCCCCGCCCCCCUCCAGCCCCUGGGCUCUCUGGGAAAAUCUCCCGUUUGCUGCUCACAGCGGCUUCUCUUCGAUGGAUGUGCCGCUCCAGCGAUGCCCUCUGGGAGGUCUGCCCGCCCCUCGCCUGCCCUCCAGGCCGGAGCCUCGUCCGAGCCCCGGAGUGGACAGGUGACCGGGUGUGCCCCGAGACUUACAGCCAUCAUCUCUAGACUGAAGCCGGAGUGAGGGGGGGUCCCUGGGGGCUGCUGGUUGUGCCCCCUGCCCCCCUCUAGGCUCACGGACUACAGAAGCGUCCUCGACUGCCAUGGGUGGCGGGAGAGGGGUUGCUCUCUUGAACUUUGACUUUUCGUUCCUUCCUCUCCCCUAGCACUGCCGCUUCCAGCCCCACCUCUGUUCUGAUCUCCCCUCCCCUCAUUGCCCCCGGCCUGCCCCUCUCACCCUGCCAUGCCCCCUUUCCCCCUGCCCCCUCCCCAGACUCUGGGGUGAAAGUGGCCAUAGAGGGAGGAAAGGAGGGGAUCCUCACUGCCCCCUGCUACCGGCUUCUCCCAGGCCCCUCCCUAGAACACACCGGCAAUGUGCCAAACAGACAUUAUUCUUCGUGUUGUUAUUACCAUCAUCGUUAUUAUUAUUAUUAUUAUUAAUAAUUAUUAUUAUUGCUAUUAUUGUUAUUAUCAUUCUCCAGUCCCAUCUCUGGGCUGCUCCACCCAGGCCACCUUUGAGGAGAGAGAAGAAGAAAGUGGGGUGGCAGACUGGGGGGAUGGAGAGAUGGGGGUGUUGGGCAGGGUUGACGUGGACUCCUCGGGGCCUGACCAGGGUAGACUGGCUGGCGUUAGCCCCAGGCUAGGGGCCAAGCCCUGGUCCCUCCCUCUAUGCUAUUGGUUUGAGUCUCUGGCUUUGCUCAACGUCAUGGGGGAGGGGAAGGAAAGGAGAGAAGGAGGGUUGCCCACAGCCUGCUUUCUCAAGAAAGUCUCCUUCUCUAGGAGUCCCUGAAAUCCCCCCCACCCACUCAACAAACACCCAACUCUACUCUCUCGGCUGAGGGUCCCAGAAGGAGCUGGGGGGUAGGGCUGGGGGGGGGGGGGCGUCAUCUCCUUUGCCUCUGACAUGCCAGCUCUAGACUUGGUUAUCUCCCCUGCCCACCCCAAUACCUCUCUCCGGUUCUGGGCAGCUGGGUGCCCCCUCCCGGUGCCCCUCACAUCCCCUUGCCCCAGGGUACAGUGGGUUUUUAAGUGAAAAUGUGCCCAUCCCCUUCCCACAGCUCCUCUGUAAAUAACCCACCAGUCAGUAUUCCCUAGGGUGCAGGCCUCAGGAUGAGAAGGGGGCGGGGGUCUACCCCUCCUUUGCCACCUUCCCCCCCAAACUGGAUCCCAGCAGCCCCAACAGCCACUGGGAUCAACUGGGAGACCCUGGGGGGAGGUGGGGGAGGGCAAGCAGGGGAAGGGGGAGGGUUGGGGACUGGAUAUUUUUCUGAUCCCCCUGGCCGGGGCCUAGCGUGUCUGUAUAUAAUAUAUAUAUAUAUAUGUAUGUAUGUACUGGUCUUGGUUUUGUAAUGCUAAGUCCUUGGUCAAGUCAUUCUCGAUAAACAGGCCCCUCAUGUGCCUCCA